AUGUUCCCCAGCCCAGCGCUCACACCCACGCCCUUCUCAGUCAAAGACAUCCUGAACCUGGAGCAGCAGCAGCGCAGCCUGGCCGCUGGGGACCUGUCUGCGCGCCUCGAGGCCACCCUGGCGCCCGCUUCCUGCAUGCUGGCCGCCUUCAAGCCAGAGGCCUACUCUGGGCCCGAGGCCGCAGCGCCCAGCCUGGCAGAGCUGCGCGCGGAGCUGGGCCCCGCGCCUUCGCCCUCCAAGUGCGCUCCUGCCUUCCCAGCCGCCCCCGCCUUUUAUCCUCGUGCCUACGGCGACCCUGAUCCGACCAAGGACCCACGAGCGGAUAAGAAAGAGCUGUGCGCGUUGCAGAAGGCGGUGGAGCUGGACAAGGCCGAGACGGACGGCGCCGAGCGACCACGCGCGCGGCGGCGGCGAAAACCGCGCGUGCUCUUCUCGCAGGCGCAGGUCUACGAGCUGGAGCGGCGCUUCAAGCAACAACGGUACCUGUCCGCUCCCGAGCGCGACCAGCUGGCCAGCGUGCUGAAGCUCACGUCCACGCAGGUCAAGAUUUGGUUCCAGAACCGGCGCUACAAGUGCAAGCGGCAGCGGCAGGACCAGACUUUGGAGUUGCUGGGACCGCCGCCGCCGCCCGCGCGCAGGAUCGCGGUGCCGGUGCUGGUGCGCGACGGGAAGCCCUGCCUCGGGGACUCGGCGGCCUACGCGCCCGCCUACGGCGUGGGUCUCAACGCCUACGGCUACAACGCCUACCCCUACCCCAGCUACGGAGGCGCGGCCUGCAGCCCCGGGUACAGCUGCGCCGCCUACCCCGCCGCGCCCCCCGCCGCGCAGCCCGCCCCCACCGCCAACGGCAACUUCGUGAACUUCGGCGUCGGGGACUUGAACGCCGCCGUGCCGAGUCCCGGGAUGUCGCAGGGCAAUUCGGGCGUGUCCACGCUGCACGGCAUUCGAGCCUGGUAG